AUGGCGGCCAACUACUGGGACUCCACCCAGGCCAAAUUCUGGACGUUCGCCAAAGCAGAACUCUCUGACCUACGGAAGGAUCUGGAGAAGACCAACCAGCCACUGCACAACCGAUACACUUUACCGGACCGCCGCUUGAUGAAUAUAUACAUUCAGCAACAGCUCGUCAAACUCGCCCGGAGGAUGAGUCUACGCCAGCAAGCAUUGGCCACAGCUCAAAUCUACAUCAAGAGAUUCUACUUGCGGGUCGAAAUGCGAAAGACUAAUCCAUAUCUGAUCAUGGCCACGGCUGUAUACUUGGCAUGCAAGAUGGAAGAAUGCCCUCAGCAUAUCCGUCUGAUGCUCGGCGAAGCUGCUCGUCAAUGGCCUGAGCUAGGCGUGACGGAGACUAGCAAGAUCGGCGAAUGCGAGUUUGCUCUCAUCUCAACCCUGUCCUCUCGACUCAUCUGUCAUCACCCGUACAGAUCGUUAUCUGAACUCGGUCCCAUAUUUGGACUCAGCAGCGAAGAGACGCAGCUGGCCCACUCGAUCCUCAACGACAGCUACAAUACAGACCUUCCACUUCUCUAUGCCCCGCAUAUCAUCGCCAUUACAGCUGUCUUCCUCGCUGUCGUCCUCCGACCCUCAGGCCAGCCCCCGGUAUCGGGGAAUGCCGCACAACAAGCCUUCCUGGGCGGCUUCAGCGGCCUUAAGCAGGCAGGACCAAAGCUGAGCAAACUCGUCGACUGGCUGGCGGAGAGCAAGGUCGACAUGAACUCCAUCGUUGAUGCCACUCAGGAAUUGGUCAGCUUGUAUGAAGUUUGGGAAAGCUACAGUGAGCGGACUUGCAAGGAGGCGAUCACGAAGUUUGUCAAGGACGCUGGGAUGGCAGGUGGCGGGCUCUUGAAUAAGUGA